CCGCCGCUCUGUUGCGGUGGAGCCAGCUGCCUGUUCUCGCCUCGAGGCGAGAAGAGGAUCGGACGGGAUCAGCAGACAUCGGGUAGACACCGAUAAAAGGACGGUGUUAUGUUAGUGACAAGGCCUCACCCUCUAGGAGGGCGCAUACUACUCGCCCUCUUCCUCUUAACGGGGUGCUUCGCCUUGCUGACACGGGCGGCCGCCUUCCCGGACUGGACCGACUGUCCCGCGGUGUGCCGAUGCAAGUGGACCUCCGGCAAGAAGUCCGCUCUGUGCCCGGACGCCGGCCUGACGUCGCUGCCGGCGUCCCUCGACCCGGACAUGCAAGUGCUCGACCUGUCCGGCAACAAGAUACCCGCUCUCCAGGCGGAGAUAUUCAAACUGGCCGGCCUGGUGAACCUGCAGCGGGUAUUUCUGCGCAACGCCGGCAUCCACAGUAUCCACGCGGACUCCUUCAAAGACAUGAGGAUACUCAUCGAGAUCGAUCUGUCGGACAAUCACGUGAAGACCUUGGAGCCGGAUACGUUCCUCGGGAACGAGCGCCUGCGCAUUCUGAUACUCAGCGGGAAUCCGCUCGGUACUCUGCGUAACCUACAGUUUCCCGUGUUGCAGCAUCUGCGGAAUUUGGAGCUGCAGCGGUGCUCUUUAACCGAGGUACACGGACAGGCUUUUGCCCGGCUGACCGGUUUGGAAUUCUUAAAGUUGGACAUCAACGAGCUCGAGUAUUUGGAGGCCUCGGUGAUAUCCGGAUUGUCCCGGCUGAAAACCUUGACGCUGGACGGCAAUCGAUGGAGAUGCGACUGCAGACUGCGGGAUUUUCGCACCUGGCUUAUCCCCGAAGCGCCCAGCAAGCUGUACUCCGCGCCACAAAUCUGUACAGGUCCGCCGAAGCUGGAAGGCCGCAGAUGGGAGGACGUGAAACCUACGGAAUUCGCCUGCGAGCCAAAGGUGUUCGUUCUAGCGAGCAGCAUACAGGAGGAGACCAAUGGUAAUCUCAGCCUGGCGUGUCGGGCGAGCGGCGAUCCCGAGCCAGAGGUUUGGUGGCAAUUGAACGGUGGGCCGGUCAAUGCUACGAAAUCGACUGAUCAACCCUACAUGGGGACCCUCGUUGUCUACACAAUGUCCGAGGCGACCAACGACAAGUCGGCGUCGAAAACCGUCGCGGACCGAUGGAGCAAUCUGACUGUUUACAAUGCCACCGAGAGCGACGCCGGCGAAUACGCCUGUUUUGCGAAGAACAUCGCCGGCCUCGCGCGAGACACGGUCAGCGUGACCAUACCGCGCGUCUUCACGGCCCCGACUCUCUCCCAGAGCGACAACUGGCUGCUCUGGGUAAGUCUGGCCGGAGGCGGCGCGGUCGCCGCGUGCGCUUCCAUCUCGGCCGUGUUGCUGGUCCUCUGUUUGUGCGGCGGGAGCCGACGGCAGCGCAAACGCGAGAAAGUGAAGCUGCAGGGCAGCGGCAGUUUCGGCGACCAGGAGAAGAAGCUGCUGGACCUGUCCGUGACCACGACGACACCCGGCAACAGCAACGACCGCGGCAGCGGCCACGGCAGCCUCGGCGAGGCGUGCAGCACCGGUGACCUCGAGCUGGCGGAGCGCGGCUCGAUUUGCGACCCCAUGGCCGCGGCCGCGGUCACCGUCGAGCGGCUGCGACCCGCGGACAGCACGGUGAACGCCAUUCGCACGGUCCCUUGCGCCGCCGCAGCCGGUGUAUUUCCGCCCCCGCCGCCGGAAUUCACCACCGGCGUACUGCCGGCCGGGAUCUUCGGCAACAUCUUCAUCUCCGUCUCACUGCCGCAGGACGCGUCGUCGGAGCGCUGCUACCCAGACCUCCUCGACAUCCCCGUCCACGCGGUCAGCGGCGCCACGGCCGACAAGGCCGCGGCCUUGCCGCCGGCAGCGGCGAUCAACGUUUCUAGCUUCGCCACGCUGCCACGCCGGGCCCUGCGCUCCGCCGAGGUCGCCGUCGGCUCGCCUUACGACAAUAUGGGGCCGCGCAUCACGGCGAACGGCAGUUCCGCGUUCUCGCUGACGGACAUGGACCUGCGGCUUUCGCCGCCGCCGCCGCCGCGGAUCAUUCAACCGCCGCACGAGUUCGUUUCCCUAUAAAAUAGCGAUUCCCCUCCCCCACAUGCCGAUCCGUAUUGUCGCGCGAUACUGAUUUCGUAAUCGCUAAUAUUCCGCUAAUGGCGUUAUCCCAAUAUUCUGCGGAGCAUCCAUUAUCGGCCGGGUAUUAUUGGAUAACAACAAUUAGCGCGCGGUAAUAUUCACCGCGUCAGGGAUAUAUGGCUCAUGGAUCGACUCCUCGAGAACGCGCGCGAUCGCUUCGGACGAGUGAUCCGUAUACGCUCCUCGGUGGAGUUUCAAAGACCUGUCGAAUUACUCACGCGUCGCAACUUUGAUAGUGACGUCGCAUUGAAGAGUUUUUAUCCCGGCGUUACGCGUCUUCCACCUGGGUCAUCGUGGACAUUGAAGACUUUUUGCAGCCUCAAAAUAUCGAUCGCAACUCUAGACUGCCAUUUAUCAAAUCAAAAAUUUCUAAAUAUCAUUUGUUUACGAAGAUAAGUUACAUAAUCUUUUAGCGGUUAAAAGUUUUAUCAUUAAAUGUCGAGCAUUGCGUCGCCUUUUGUGCACCUAAUCUCUAUUUGUUAUAUAAAAGACGAUAUUAAAACUCAAUCAACGAUUUGAGGACUAAUCAAAUGCAGAUAACUUGAAUGUUUAAAAGACAUCGUAAAAGUGUCUUUGAUAUUUUUUCAUCACCUUCUGGACUUCCGUACUGCGUUUAAGAAAAAUAUAAUGAGUAUAGCGUAUCUCUAAGUGAAUUUUUCUCAAGUAUUUCAUUAUACAUUGACGAGAAGUAUGUAAACAAUUUCGAAAUGGUCAACAUACGUCGGUGUGCAAUGGGUGUUUUCCAUUCACAUUUGUCUCGACUUUUUAGCGUUAAUAAUAUAAAUGGAACGAGUUAUCGCGCGUGGAAAUUAGAGCGUAAAUUAUAUAUGUAUACAAUUUUGACCAACUUAAAAAUGCAGAAAAUUUUACGAUAUAAUUAUACAAUUAGUAAAAAAUGCAUAAAAGCAAAUUGCUUUAUAAUUCCAAUUGUACUUGAAAUACAAUUAUACUUUUAAUUUCUACUGGAAUGUAAAUACAACUUUUGUAUUUGCAUAUUUUAAUAUUUAUUUUGGAUUUUGUAAUUUAACAAACUUUAGGAUUGCUUGACAUUUAAAUGGAAAUGAUCUGCUUCAGUAAUGCGAUUAUUGGUAGCAGUAGUCGUGAUGACGAUUGCGAUGACGAUAUUAUUUUCAAAUUAGUUGCUUUUUCCUCAUUCUGCAGCCCUCUAGCGUCUUCUGCGUUGUGAAAGAUCUUUUAUUUUUAUAGUCCUUUUUUCCCCCCCUUCGUCUUCACCAACAAAAUCAGUUGCGGUCCGAUUCGUGUCCUCGACGUGGAUUAAAUAGAAAGCAGAAAUGACGAUCCCUCUUGUUAAUUUCAAUUGCUGAAUGGACAGCGCCCAUUUUUGGUGGCCACUUCGCAGAUCGCACGAGUAGGUAGUUAUCGGCGGGUAGCCGGACACCCCUCGGGAUCACGACGAGAAUGUAGUCGUGAUUAGACAUCUCCCGCGGGUGCGGUAUAAGUCGACGUGGUUCUUCCCGUGCAGCGCAAAUGUGCGAAGAGAGCGAGAGAGAGAGAGAGAGAGCACCAGGGAGAGAAAAUCGAUAUCUCACCGUGUCGCGGUCGGCGUGUCACCGAGAUUAGUAUACGGAGCGUUCGAUCGAGAAGAGGGUGGCUGAUAUCGGGCCACGAUUGUCCGACCUAUCGAAUAUCUGUCUGUCUAUGCUUGUCUGCCUGCCUUGCUCGCUUGUCCGGCCAGCUGCUCGCGGCCGCUUGCGCCCACAAUGAAUGCGCGUGAAUGAUGGACCGGGUGCGUGAGGAACCUCCUAGACCUAAGUCUCUUCUAGUCUGCUAACAAUAACCCGAGGCGAGGGGAGCGACCGUUUGUAUAUACAUAUUUCACAACUACUCCU